AUACACAGACACAAAACAGGCUCUAUACAGAUCUAAAAUAGAUUCGAGCGACCUUGGUCUGGUGUUUCAAGAUCCGCCAUUUGGCCAUUUCUUCGAGCGACGCAGUCACGCACGAUCCAUCGCGUCUGUCGCACGCCAUUCUUGAAAAUUUCAUCGCAAGAAAUAGCCUCUCUUAAUAAAGAAAUAACCAACUGACGACGCAAUGAGUUUCAUUCCCCAAAAAAUAUUCAACCUUUCGGACCAAAUUUCUGUUUACGAUAAAAUGGGUUCAGCUGCAUCUGCCGUUGUCAGACGAGCUGCAAGCAGUUCCCUUCUCCCAAGUUCAAGUUGCGCCCCAUCUGUGAACGCUCACCUUGUGAAAUUACAAGAAUGUGAAGAAGAAUGUGACGAAAAGAUCAGAGAAGCCCAAUUUGCAUUUCGAUCCACCGAUUUAGGCAGCUGGGCUGCUUUUCCUUCUUCCGCAGGUGAAGAAAACACAGACACGGAUCCUAAGAACAUCCAGCAUUGGGCCCUGGUCGUUCACUUUCCCAGAGGCAAGAAAACGUAUCUCUUUGAAGCUGGCAAGGGUGAAAAUGGCCUUCUUCAAGCCAGCCGUGCAGAGGGUGUCGACUAUGAAAUCUUCGAGAAAGCCAAGUAUUUCGGCACGAUCGAGACUUGUCCCAGUGAACUGUUGACGAAAGCCAAACAAGUUUCAACAACCAAGCAAUCCCCAUGCUACAACGUUUUUAAAAAUAACUGUCAAACGUGGCUGAGAGAAUUUUUAGAUCUGAUUUCUCCAAAUUUGUUGCAAGCGCUAUAUAAGAAAAUUCCCGAGACUCAAACAUAUUUAAGUUACCUCGCAGGAUCGCUCGGGAGCUCUGCCGCUAACGCUGUUCCAGAUCUUGUUUCUCAAAUAGUUUCUCCUAUACAGUGAACGACGAAGGUUGGAAAAAGGAGCAAUAACAAAAAUGAGUACAUGUUGAAGAACCCUAUCGACUGCCAUCUCCUGUCAUUACUAACAAUAAGCAUUUUAACCUCUCUAUUUAGUUUUUGUAUCUCAAACGUUUUGUUAUCGUCUUGUUUUAAGACUGAAUUCAAUAAUCAACAGUGAAACCUUAUUUUCUCUUGAUGAUUAGCCUGAUGAAUACAAAUUUUACAAAUAUUCA